UCUGGCCGGGGGACGCCCUGGCGCGCGGCUGACUGCCGCGACGAACGAGGCCCGGGCGGGCCCGGCCGCUCCGCUGCCACAGGCGGAGAGCAGCCGGUCCGGGCUCGGCCGGGCCGCCGGCGGCCUCCGAAGUCGCUGCCGCGGGGGACGCCGGUGGCGACUUCGCCACCUCCAUCCCACGCCUCCUUCUUCCCACAGGUGGGCCGCACGACGCCGCGAGCGGUGCCGCCGGGCAGCCGCAGCCCGGGCUCGUCCCUCCACGGCGUCCGUCUGCCGCCGCUGCCCGGCCCGGAGAGCUCGCGGACCUCCGGGAGCCGCAGCGCACAGGUACGGAGCCCGAGGGGGACGGGGCCGAACGUCGCGUCGCGUGGGGACCGCCCUCUGCCGGUUCGGCUGUGGGGGGCGGGGCGGCAGCCGCCCGCGGGCUGAGCGCUGCCCUCGGUGCUCCGUGGAGCGUGAGCGGGAACGACCGCGCUCACUCGGUGUUUCUCCUCGGCUUCUCUUGCAGGCGGGCGGGUGGGAGUUCACGCUGUCGGUGACCUGCGGCAGUGCCAGUGGGCAAAGGAGACAGCCUCAGCCACCCCUGCUGCCUCGCUUAAGGCAGGCACGGAUGCCGGCAGCUGCACCCUGGCGUGCGGCAGCAUCUUCUAAUGCCCGUAAGCUGCCUGCUCUGCAAGCAGCAGCCUCUUGCACACCUUCUGCAAGAGGCAGCGCACGUGCCAUGGGCAUUAGAGGCAGCAGACUCCCAGUACUUGCCCCAAGACCUCAGCAACCACCAGAGAUGCCGUGCAGUUGCGACACGUGCUCGGCAAAGUCUGUGAGCGUGCCCAGGCUUCUCGUGCCCCAAGCAGCAGACGACGGUGCCAGUGCUGCCAACACUGCUCAGGGAAAACCGGGCGUAUGCUCCGCGACAUCGAGGGCUGAGGGUCAGGUUCCUGCCCCUGGUGGUUCCCGAACCAGGGAUGUUGGAGUGCAGACGGAGCUGCAAGUGUUGGAAGAGGCUGCUGAGAAGGAAUCCACAGGAUGGUCAUCCGGGCAACUGUGGAGCGCGUCUCUUGCCUCAUCAGAUGAGGAAGACCCCACGUGUUCAGCUUCUCUUCUGGCUGCAGACCCUGGGCCUGGAGGACACCUUCAGCCUUUGCCCGUAACAGGUCCUGAAGAUGGGGAAAGCUCAACUUCUUCCAAGGCUGAAUACUUUCCAGAGGAGACCAAUGCGGCGCCACGUUUCUGGAGACCAUGGGAGGGAGAAGAAACAGCUACCACCACGCCUGAAUUCUCCAACCAAUCUCUGGGAGAAGCACAGAGAUUGCAAGAUCCCGGAGAGGCGUACGGGGAGGUGUAUGGAUAUCCUCCAGUUCACCCAGCAAUCCGGAGAAUCCGGGAUGAGGCGAGGAAGGACCAGAUGCGCUCCAGCUGGAACACAUCCUGGCCAAACAGCAUGAGUGUGCCCCAGCUGCUAAGGCCCCAAGCAGCAGAAGACGGUGCCAAUGCAGCUGACAGUGCUCUGGGCACACUGAGAGCCUGCAGUGUGACAUCGAGGGCUGAGGGCCAGUUUUCUGCUUCUGAUGAUUCCCCAGCCAGGGAUGUCACAGCCCAGGAUUCACAGCUAGAGCUGGAAGAGACUGCUGGGAUAGAAAUGGCAGGACAGUCAUCUGGCACCCUGCAGGCUGCAUCUCUUUCCCCAUCUGAUGAGGCACACGCUGUGUGUUCACCGUCUCUUCUGGAUGCUGGUCCCGGGCCUGCAGGACACCUUGAGCCUCUGCCCGCAUCAGUGCUGGAAGAUGCAGAAAGCUCAGAUUCUCCUGAGGCUGCAAGCUCUGCAGAGGAGGCUGAUGGAGCAUCACUCCCCUUGUCAGUGUCUGAGGGAGGAGCAAGAGAAGAGCCGGCUGUGGCCAUGCCUGAGUCCUCCGGACAAGGUCUGGGAGAAGCACGGAGACUCCAAGAUCCCAGAGAGAUCAACAGGGAGACCUAUGGGUGCUCUCCUAUGAUCCCAGCACUGCGGAGAAUUCGUGAGCAGGACAGAAACGAGCGGAUGUUGUCACACUGGGAUAUUUCCUGGCCAAGGAACGUGAGAAGCCCCAGGCAGCAAAGGCUCCAGGCAAGAGGCGAUGCUUUCAAUACUGCUGGCACUGCUCAGGGCAUGCCGGGCAUCCGGCCCAAGACAUCACGGGCUGCUGUCCGGUUUCCUGACUCUGGUGACUCCCGAGUGUGGUCUCCUAGACUGUCAGUUGUGCAGGAGGAGUCCAGCGAUGACAGCGACAGUGCUGUCAGCACUGCUGAGGGCAUGCAGGAUGCCAGAGACGCUGCAGUGACAGAUAAGGGCACGCACCCGCCCUCCUGUCUUUGCCCUUCACCGCUGGAGGCUGUGGAGGAUGACUGGGAGUGUGACUCUGAGGAAGAUGCUGCAUCAGAGGCAGUCAGCGUCACACCCAGCACAUCUGAUGAUUCAUCUGCUGAGGUGGAGUCCACGUCUUCAGCGUCAUCUGUGGCUGCAGAUCCCAGGCCUGAGGAGCAUGUGUCAGCGUGUGAGGGAGCAGAUGUGGGCCCUCAGCACGAGGUUUCUGCAGAGACUGGAGAAGGUGCACAGAGCUCCGUGUGCUUCAGAGACGCACCGGAGGAAGGCCCAGGUACCGCUGCCGCACCACACGCGGCGGCUCGCCGCCGGAUGCCAGCUGUCGUCAGGAUGGCGCUUCGGGCUCUGCGCAGGGUUUUCACCUGCAGCUGCAUCAGGGGACAGCGAGAGGAGAGGCAUGAGGCUGCAAACACCAGGCAGCUCCCAGAGACGGAAGACUGAUCCUGUAGAUGUAGAAUUCUGAUUAAAUGUUAUCUUUAUUCUAUCCUGGCUGAGUGCUGCCUGCUCCGUGCACGUUUGGUCUGUGAGUGCAGCUCCCGGGGUCAGAGCACAGGGCAAUGGAUCCCUGUGUCGGUGAUGCCAGCAAGCGCAGAGAGCAUUGGCGUGCAAGGCAGAGUGAUUUCUUGCUUGCAAAGUGUGAUCUGGCUGAGCUGGUGUGUGUGUGAGGUGGCCUGCGAUGAAGGGGUGAGGGUCUCUGAAAGGGGCAGCCGUGGUGGGAGAGUGCCGGUGUGUCUGUAGGGGUGAGAGCACGACCUAGAGGAGAGCAGGAGUGUCCCGGCUGGACUGGGGCUCCUCAGGUGUCACACUGCGUAGGCUUGGGUAUUCCCUACGUUGACAUGAUCAUUCUCCCAUACGAGGAUGUCAUCGGUAUACAGACAAACCCGGACACUGUGUUGCAAGGCAACCUUCUCCAGCCUCUGUGCCUACACUCUGUGCACCAGAGUGGGUGAGUGUUUGUACCCCUGGGGUAAUCAGGUGAAUCUGUACUGCACUCCCAGCAAAGGAAAUGCAAACUGCUUGUCCUCUGCCUUCCUCAAGGGGACCGUAAAAGCCUGUCUUAGACACCAACAGCAGGCAGAAAGGGGGGAGCCUGUUCCUGUAGGGCAGCGGUCAAUUCUGAAACAUUUGGGACAGCUGUUGCUGAAGGGGCAGUGUUGGCAUCCAGGUGAUUGCCCCAAGACCUCAGGGAACCUU